AUCUCCGGUUGUAAUUUAUUCUUCGACCUUUACGAACAUUUUUCAAAUCUUAACAUAACACCUAAAACUCGAAUCUUACGAAUUUAUGCUGAUGUAGUUCAACUCGCAAAUACUUUAGAAAUUACAUCUUUGAAUGGCGGUGGCGCUAUUUUGAUAGUAGCGAGACGAAUUGAAAUUGGACCGAAAUGUCAACUAAUUAUUAAUUACAACAAAUCUUUCCGAAUAAUAAUAUAUGCUAUAGAAAUGACAUCUAAACUUGAAAUUGUCGCAAAAAAUCAACUAAAUAAUAAUGUUAAUACAUUUAAAUUCGAUAUCAAUGAUUCAAAAGAUAAUAAAAACGUUGGAAAAUCACUGAAUAUAUUCAGUGACAAGAGCCCCGAAUAUAAAGAUUUAUAUAUAUUUGAUAAAGUUAUUCUUAAAAAUUAUUUAUUCCUUAAACUUUUACGAUACUCUUUACUUAUCGCAAAUAUCUUAUUUUAUGAUGAACCUACCAUUACACGAUCAAUUCUUUCUUGGAUAUACAAAAUAACUGAAUUACAAUCUGGAAUAUCUGAAGAAGAGGAAUCAUAUCAAACGAUUUCAGAAUUAUAUCAUAAAGCGCUUUCGAUGCUAGUACAAUUGGAUACUUAUGAAGAAAGAAGGAAAAAUGAAAUUUCAUUUAUUCCAUUAUUAGAUAAACAAUUUUAUAAAACGGGAGUUGAUGAAUUUAUGAAAUAUGUAAAAUUUUAUGAAAACAAAUAUACGCAAGUUCUAAAGAAAAAAGAUGAAAUUGACGAAAAGAGAACAGAAUCUGAAUUGUUACUAGAAAAUUCUAACGAUAAAACUGCUUUGUACGAACAUUUAGAAAAGAUUGAAUAUCAACGUCAUGUUUCUGCAUCUAAAUUGUUGGAAAAAAUGGAAAACGAGUUAACAGACAAAAAGAAUGAAGUGAACAACGCAUGCGAGUAUUUUAAAGACGGAAUUGAAAAAUGGAAGCUACAAAAAAUCCGUGAUGCACAAAUAGAAAUGUUAAAAGCAGUUAUUAAUUUAGCCGUACGUGUUGGUACGAUUAUUAUCAGACCUGAUGGUAUAGUCAACAUUAUUGAAACUAUAGAAAAGACAUCUAUUUCGGUUCAAGACGCUCUAAAUGCUGCUGAUAAAGUGAAAGAAUUUGUUAAUGAUAACAAAGAUAUAAGUGAAAACAUUGAAGAAAUUAAACAAAUUGACGAAAAUUUACAAACCAAUUAUAAUAUCGCUGAAGGUCUGAAUAAUAAUGUGACGACAGAGCAAGAAAAAAUAAGUUCUCUGAAUGUAGAUGGACUUGCACGAAUCCUUAAAGAAGAAGAUCGUAAAGGAAUAAAAAUGAAGGUCGAAUGGAAAUCAACUGAAGAUGUUAUGAUGAAGUUACUUAAUUAUCCUAUUGAGGAAGGAAUUGAAGGCGCAACUGACUAUAAAGAUUCAUUAACAAAUUUAUUUAAUUAUAUUAACGCAUACAUUAAAGCCAAUAAUGAGAAAGAAAAAAGUUAUAAAGAAUAUUCACGAAUUAAAUUGCAAGUAAAAAUGUUUAAAAGAAAAGAAGAGAGACUCAAUAAGAGGAUUGAAGAUUAUAAGUUGAAAAACGAUAAAUGUGACGAAUGCGCAUUUUCACUACUGGAGUGCUUUAUUAAUAUUAAAUGUUGGAUGCUAACAUAUCUAGAAAAUUAUAGAUGUGCAUACAAAUAUUGGUCUCUUUCUGAAUCCAAAGUUAUGCUUUCUGCUAAAAAAACUACCGCAAAACACAUAGAAGACAAUAUUAAAAUUCGUCAAGAAUUAGAAAGCAAAUACCAUGAAUUUGGAGGUCCACCUCAAAAUUCGGAGCAUACAAUUUGUCUUCUUGCAAAUUAUACCAAAAAAUUUAAGAGAGAUAAAUUUAUUACCUACAAGAUUCCAUUAGAUGACGAAGAAUUUCGGCGGUUUGAGCGUGUUCGACUUGUUAAUUUCGGAGUAUUUUUGAAUGGUGUUGGUUCUAAAGAUGAUGAAAUCUCUCUUUAUAUUAGCAACACAAAUAUGUUUAGUGAUAGAUAUAAAGGGAAACCUUAUAAUUUUAGGUUAGAGUCUGUAAAAGGUCAAGGGUUUAGGUAUAGAGUAUCAGAUAAAAAAAUAUUACAAAAUGUGUCAUUUGAAUCAGAUAUAUAUGUUAUCCCAACGCCAUUUAGUCAAUGGACAAUUAAGCUUGAUGAUUGCAAAAUUGAUAAAUCUAUG